AAAAUUUCAAAUCUAUUGGCCACUCCCCCAUCUCUCUCACUUCAAUGGCUUUUCAUUUUUUCCAUUAGACAAAGUUUUCUAAAGUUCUCUCUUCUCCAAACCUAAUCUCUCUCUCUCUCUUUUCUUCUUCAACUUUUCUUUAUCUGGUUGGAAGUCUCAAAUAAUCUUUUGAUUAGAUCCAGAAAUUUGAUUAAAAUUUCAGUCGAUUUCCUUCGGCUCGGGAGGUGAGAGGGUUCUGACGGCAUUACAUUUUGUCUUUCUAAUUUCCAAAGGCACGAAGGAAUUAAGGAAAAAAAUGACAGUCAGAACUCCAGGAACCCCGGCCAGGAAGAUAGACAGGACACCAGUAACAACUCCUGGAGGCCCAAAAUCAAAGGAAGAGAAGAUUGUAGUUACUGUAAGGUUGAGACCAUUGAGUAAAAGGGAGCAACUGGCCAAAGAUCAAGUAGCAUGGGAUUGCAAAGAUGACUACACCAUUGUUUCUAAGCAUCCUUCUCAAGAACGCACAGCUCAGCCUCCUCCUUUCACAUUUGAUAAAGUUUUUGGACCUUCAUGCUUAAAUGAAACUGUGUACGAAGGAGUGAAGACUGUUGCGUUGUCUGCUUUGGGAGGCAUAAAUGCUACUAUAUUUGCGUAUGGCCAAACCAGCAGUGGGAAGACAUACACGAUGAGAGGAAUAACUGAGAAGGCUGUUAAUGACAUAUACCACCAUAUAAUGAAUACACCAGAGAGAGAUUUUACCAUUAAAAUUUCAGGAUUAGAAAUUUACAAUGAGAAUGUUAGGGACCUGCUAAAUUCAGAAUCUGGCCGCAAUCUCAAGCUUCUUGAUGAUCCAGAGAAAGGCACUGUGGUUGAGAAGUUGGUGGAAGAAACAGUUAGCAACGAUCAGCAUUUAAGACAUUUAAUUAGCAUUUGUGAAGCUCAAAGGCAAGUUGGUGAAACUGCCUUAAAUGAUACUAGCUCACGAUCACACCAAAUAAUAAGGCUGACAAUUCAAAGUACUCUGCGUGAAAAUUCUGAUUGUGUGAGAUCAUUUGUAGCAAGCCUGAACUUUGUGGAUCUAGCUGGCAGUGAAAGAGCUUCACAAACUCAUGCUGAUGGUGCAAGGCUGAAGGAAGGUUGUCAUAUUAACCUUAGUUUGAUGACUUUGACAACUGUAAUCAGAAAACUCAGUGUUGGAAAAAGAAGUGGUCAUAUACCGUAUAGAGACUCGAAGCUUACUCGUAUUUUGCAGCAUUCACUUGGUGGAAAUGCACGUACUGCCAUCAUUUGUACUUUGAGUCCAGCACUAAGUCAUUUUGAGCAAUCUCGUAAUACUCUCUUCUUUGCCACCCGGGCAAAGGAAGUGACAAAUAAUGCGCAAGUCAAUAUGGUUAUUUCAGAUAAACAGUUAGUCAAACAUCUUCAGAAAGAAGUAGCCAGGCUAGAAGCAGAGCUUCGAACCCCUGAUCUAUCUAGGGAGAAAGACUUAAAAAUACAACAGAUGGAAAUGGAAAUUGAAGAACUUAAGCGCCAAAGAGAUCUUGCACAAUCUGAGGUGGAUGAGUUACGCAGAAAACUUCAGGAUGAUCAACAGACUUCAAACCCAAUUGAAUUACCACGUCCAUCAAUGAAGAAGUGUUUGUCUUAUUCUGAUGUGUUGUCACCGAAACUCGAUAGGAAGGAAAUAGACCAUAAUGAUAAAACAAGGAAAACAUUGCUAAGGCAGUCUAUGAGGCAGUCAUCAACUGCUCCUUUCACACUUAUGCAUGAAAUUCGUAAACUUGAACACCUUCAAGAGCAGCUUGGAGAAGAAGCAAAUCGAGCUUUGGAAGUACUCCAGAAAGAGGUGGCUUAUCAUAGACUAGGUAAUCAAGAUGCAGCUGAGACAAUUGCCAAGCUGCAGGCAGAAAUAAGGGAGAUGUGUGCUGUCAGGUCUAUUAAAAAGGAGGUUGAUGUUGGAACUGCUAUAGCUCCUAACAGAAGUGUCAGUGCUAACCUCAAGGAAGAGAUAACAAAACUUCAUUCACAAGGUAGCACAAUAGCUAACCUUGAGGAGCAGUUAGAGAAUGUUCAGAAGUCAAUAGACAAAUUGGUAAUGUCUCUUCCAAGCAGUAAUCAAGAAUCCAAUGGUGAAGCAGCCGCCAAAACCAAGAAUCAGUCUAUAAAGAACAAUUUGCUUCCUUUAACUUCAAGUAAUGUUGCAAACCGGCAAAAUUUUAUAAAAUCUCCAAGCUCCUCUCUAUCAACCUCUCAGCAAAUUAUGGAGCCUGAUAAUGAAGAAAACAGACCUCCAGAGGAUGAUGACAUUGUCUCUAAGGAGACACUCCCAGAGUCUGAGAAAGGAACACCUGCAAGGAGUGAACAGGUUGGAGAUGUCUCUUCAAAGGAAAGCACUCCAUAUAGACGUCAAAGUUCAGUUAACAUGAAGAAAAUGCGGAAGAUGUUUCAGAAUGCAGCUGAAGAGAAUGUAAGAAGCAUAAGAGCAUAUGUAACUGAGCUGAAAGAGCGAGUUGCUAAAUUGCAAUACCAGAAGCAACUACUUGUUUGUCAGGUGCUUGAGCUGGAAGCUAAUGAAGCGGCUGGAUACAAUUUAGAGGUUGAUGAGAGUGCAAUUGAACCAGAGGAACCCCAAGUUCCAUGGUAUGUAACCUUCAAGGAACAAAGGCAACAGAUCAUUGAGUUAUGGGACGUCUGCUAUGUCUCCAUCAUCCAUAGGACACAAUUUUAUUUGUUAUUCAGGGGAGAUCCUGCCGACCAAAUAUACAUGGAAGUGGAGCUUAGGCGCUUAAAUUGGAUGCAGCACCAUUUUGCAGAACUUGGAAAUUCAAGCCCAGCUCUAGUAGGAGAUGAGCCCACAGUGUCCUUGUCAUCAAGCAUUAGAGCCCUGAAGCGUGAAAGGGAAUUCCUCGCAAAGAGGUUGACGUCACGAUUGAGUGUGGAGGAGAGAGAUGCAUUGUACAUUAAAUGGGAUGUACCCCUGGAAGGAAAGCAAAGGAAGAUGCAAUUCAUAAACAAGCUGUGGACAGAUCCGCAUGAUGUCAAAAACAUAGAGGAGAGUGCUCAGAUAGUGGCAAAGCUUGUAGGGUUCAGUGAAGGUGGUAACAUGUCAAGGGAGAUGUUUGAGCUCAAUUUUGCAUUACCGACUGAUAAGAGCCCUUGGACUGUGGGGUGGAAUCAAAUUUCAAACCUUCUAAAUUUAUAAGACAACUCAUUGUUUGGACCUACUUUCUAUACCUGUAAAUGAAUUUUUUGGAGGCCUUUCUCCAAAUGUUCUACUUUCAUUUAUCACGGUGUGACGAAUCAAGCACACUGUCAUUGAGGAUUGUUUGAGAUUCUUUGUACACUUCGUGAGGUCAAUAAAGGAAUUAGAUCUUCAAA